CUUCAUUUCAACCCAGAAGACAGAGGUCAAGGAUACGUCUCGCCAGCUAUAGAGAAGGAUCGAUCCUUGUCUCCUGUGGCAGGACCUUCGCGUUUGCAGAGGACAUCAGACGUUGGACCGAGCAGGGCGGCUGUUCAAGGAGCGAGCACCGGGACCGUUGCGGUAGCAGGGGGGUCAUCUAUGCCCGUACGUGAGCGGCCCGCAAAGAAACCCAGGUCAAGGAAGGGCAAGCAACCAGCAACGUCUUCAUCUCCCGUCAAAGAGAGUCCGCCAGACAUCACAGAAGCUGAGUUCGAGUCCAGACUACAUGACGCUAUUAUGCAAGACAAGAACCUGCACCUGCGUAUCAUUCGUUAUGAGCCUGUCCAUUUUGACGUCUUCGUGCAGCUCGCGAUGGACGCGGGACUAAUCCAGACGAGGAAACUCGGUUUGAUGAAGACCAGGAUCCGCACGUUCCUAGACAAGAUGGCCAUCCACUUCCACGGAGCCGACGGACCCGGUGGCGAUCGAACACGCAAACGGCACCCCUGACUGCCACCCGUGUACAUGCCUCUAGACUAUACAUCUAGAUUAUUGUGCCUGUUGAAGGCGGAGCAGUAAAAUGUGCAGAAUAAUAAACAUAAGACAUAGCAUGCGGACCUCUAUAAAUCACUAUACACGU